CUUAUUUACACGAGGAGAAGCCUCCAAAUGUCUGUACUGACACAACCUAAAUCACUAUAUAGUAAAAGUAAGAAGAAGGCCUAUCGAAUCACGUCGCUUUUAAAUCCUUUAAAAUCAAAACAUUGUUUUUCAAAGUUCCAUUGGUAUCACGGAACUCUUGUAUUUAAGCCCAGUUUCCGACCGGAGAAUAAUAUUGGGAACACGAAAUGGCGACUUUCUUGUUUCGCAUAGGACGACUGGGUCCUCUCAAGCGUCUCCAGUUGGAGAACUUGGGAAUCCUGAGGACUUCUCCAGCUGCUUCAUUCUGCACCAAGACUGAAAAACCAGCAAAACCUGGGAAGAAGACCAAGAGUGCAGCAACAGAGGCUCCAGAUGAGAGAGCAAACCUGUUAGCCUACAAGACAGCAGUUGCCUUCCCAGUUAGACUUUCAGGGCCUGGAUGUUUCCCAGCACAGUCUGUGGAUGGAACGGGACCAGCGGUUGUCUCCACUGCAGAAAGCAUUGUAGCUGCACAAGCCAUCACUCCUGUUACUGCUGCCAGUGAGCAAGUAGUUGCUGAACCAGCAGCCGACUCCGAUUCAGACUCUACCGACUCCGAUUCAGACUCUACCGACUCCGAUUCAGACUCUACCGACUCCGAUUCGGACUCUACCGACUCCGAAUCAGACUCUGACUCUGAGGAUGAGAAGAAGAAAGAAAUCAAGGGCUUUGCACCAGAGGCAGAACCCCAGAGGAUCACAGUCACAGGAGUAAAGGCAGGCACUAUCGAAGCUCAGAAUGAAUAUGGGGCUCCUAUCACACCUGGUGUAGAAACACCAGCACCCUUAGGAGCAGCUCAAGCUACAGUGACUGUACCCAGUGUUGGUUUUGAGAAGCUGGUGAAGUCAGGCCCUGAAAUCAUCACUCGAGAGGUGACUGGGUCUGACGUUUCAGCCAAAACUGCUGCAGGAGUGACAAAAGAUGCUGCAUUUCCUGUUGAUGCUCAAAUAGAAGCUCCGGGCGAACCCGUUGGUGAGGCUCUAAAAGACCCAAGGUCUUCCUCUGCUGAAGCUGCUCCUGUGGCUGGAGGCGAAGCUGCUGAAGCUGGAGCAGAAGACGCCCGUCCUGCUGAAGCUGGAGCAGAAGACGCCCGUCCUGCUGAAGCAGCUGCUGCGGCUGAAGCUUCAGUCUGUGCAGGGAGCACCGAGGAGCAGAUGGACCUUGCUCCUAUUGUAACUGAAACUGCAGGAGAGGAACUGCAGACAGAGGCCACAGCUGAACACUCUAAGGAAGCUGCAGCUGUGCCUUCGGAGCCAGAAGAACUGUUUGAUAACAGCACUUACAAAAACUACCAGCACCACAGCUACAACCCCUACACAUUUGCAGACCUGGAUAUGCAGAUGGCCAAGUUUCGUCUCCCUCAGCCCUCCUCUGGCAAGCCUUCACCCAGGCACUAAAAAGAGCUGAUAUGACCAUAAGUUAUGGCUUAAAGAUGACAGUGAUGGCAGUGUCUCUUUUUUUCAUUGUCCCCCUACUUCUGUUGUUUUUAAAGUAAAUCAUUAAAGUCCACACAUAAGAAUUGA